CCCCGAGAAAACCGCCAUCAUGAAACUAGAAGCGCGGAGCUGUCAGUUGAUACGAAGCCCGCUGCUCCAGAACCAGGGAAGGACAGACUGAUAUGAGUGAAGUGGCGGAGGAAGCGAUGGACAGCUCUGCAGCCUCCGAGGAGGAGGAGGAGCAGGAGGAGGAGCAGGCCAGUCCAAACAAAAGCACCUCAAAGAUCUCUGCUGCCGGUGACAUCAUCGAGGGCAAGAGGGCGAAGAAGACGGUCGAGAGGCUCGACCUUCAGGCCCCGAAGCAGAAGGAGAAGCUCAAGAUCGGAGACGGCAGCGGAGACAAAUUGGGAGACAUCCCGCGCACCGGCCACCACAUCACCAAGAUGAAGCAGGCCGACCUGAAACCUCUGCACGCCAUCCUGUUCGACAGGCCGGGAAAGAUGGCCACGCUGAAGAAGAACCUGAGGCUCUUUAACGGCUUUCCUUUCGACAGCGACAGCGAGCAGUUCCUCAAGAAACGGGAGAAGCUUCUCAAGAACUCUAACUUCACCAACGCCAAGCUGAAGGCGGUGUGCGGCGUGCUGGACCUGGAGAAGAAAGGAACGCACUCGGACCUGGUGGACCGGAUCCUGACCUUCCUCAUCGCGCCGAAGAACAGCGGCAAGCGUCUCCUCGUGAAGAAGAAGAGGAAGUCCAAGAAGAAUCUGUUGGGCGACGACUCAACGUCCAAACCCAAGAAGAAGAGCCAACCCAAACCCAGCUCCUCCUCCUCCAGCCCCAAGAAGGCCAGGACGGGGAGCAAGUCCAAAGCCAUCGUCAUGGAAACCAGCAGCGAUGACGAUGAGGACGCGAAAGAGGGGGUGGACGCUGAGGACAAACUAUCGGAGGAGGAGGAGGAGGAGAAGGAGGAGGAGGUGGAGGUGGAGAAGGAGAAGGAGAAGGAGUCAGACAACGAGGAGGAGGAGGAGGAGGACAAGGAGGAGAAGACGUUGGUUUCGGCGCCACUGAAGCGGUCGAGGACACCAACGAAGAAGAUGGGUCCCCCUAAAAAGAAAGCGAAGAAGGCGGCGUUGGACGAGUCGCAGUCUGACGAGAAGCCCAAAAAGAAGAAAGCAGCGGCGUCCAAACCUGCCGCCAAAAGCAAGAAGGCCGACAGCAGCAGCGACCGGAGGGACGCAGACGACUCGGACGACGAGCCCCUCAUCAGGAGGACCAAGAAGCCCCCCAGUGAGGAGAAGCUGAAGGAGACGGUGCGGCGCCUCCUGGAGGAGGCGAACCUGGAGGAGGUGACCAUGAAGCAGAUCUGUCAGAAGGUGUUUGACACGUAUCCAGAACACGACCUGAGCGGCAAGAAGGAUUACAUCAAAGAGACGGUGAAAUCACUCAUCACAUGAAGAUUUGAAGAACAAAGUUCAACAACUUUCUUGUUUGGUUUCAGAUCUCAUUUUUAUCGUGUUUAGAUUUUUCAGAUUUGUCAUCAAACAAAUUGAAUGUUUUCAGUAAUUUUUCUUUCUGUUUUGACUUGCAUUUGUAAAUA